UAAACCCCUCAUUUAUCGGUCGCAGCUUGCAGCCGGUCUGCGACUCAAAGCAAAACUUCGCGGCUGAUCGGUGUGUCGUGUUUUUGUAACUUCGUUGAUUUAGCAUCGGAAAAGAAAUUGUCUCGCAAAUAUGACAGACAUCAAACACCAUUCACAUGAAAUAAGUGAUCAUCCGGAAAUUCAAUGGGCUCUGGAUUUACUCAAACCGGAUCCCGAUUACAAACCGAGUGUAUUGCAGAAAUAUAUAAAUGAAAUAUGCUGUAUAGUAAUGGGCUUCGCGAUCCCCUGCGCAAGAAACUUUUACUGUUAUAGGCCAUGGUAUUCUGGUUUCCAAGCGCAUGGUAUAGGAAUGACACUAGGAUAUUUCGUUGCUCAAGGUAUAAACAAAACAACUGAUGCGUACAAAGCAGACCGUGAUACUAAAUUGAGAGAUUAUAUCAUACAACACCCAGAACUUUUCCCAGAGCCAGAACGUAAGAAAUAUAGCGAAGUACUUGAUUCUUGGCUGCCCAUACGUUAGAUAACUGCAAUUUAUUAGAAGCAAUUGCAGCAUCUUGUUUGUAUACUCUUUGAUGCAAUAAGACAGUAUGAUUUAAUACAAUGAA